UCCCAACCUCAGUUCGAAACUUCGACAAACCUGAAAUCAUACGAGGUGCCAUCUUGAAAAUAUGUUUAAUUUGCUGUGGGUUCGCGGAGAAAGUUUUUAGCUUUUCAUUCAAAUAAAUAACCGAAAUAAUCAAUCCCGUUCGAGCGCAGCUUAAUAUUUAGUGGCAAAAACAUGAGGGGUAAUGAAUGCUUAUUUAUUUCAACUACAGCCGGAGUGGCCAGUCAACACAAAAGUCCCCAUUUCAUCGAUACCUUCCAUAGCUGCACGUCGUCAACUACGCAGUCUGAAAAUCAUCUUCCCAUCCGAUCGAUCCACCUUGUUGCGUACCUCGAUUAUUACAUCUGUCAAAUCACAGACAGGCUUGUGCAGUUCCGAAUUGCGGAACAACUGAUAGAAUCCACUGGCAUCGGUAAGAAACCUAUCCCCGCUUGUUCAACUAUACGAGAAAGAGCCAACAUGAUCAACUUGAAUACCGGAAAUUCCUAGUAAUUUGCAACGACAUAUACGACAAGUGGCUUUGCCGGUUCCGAUUUCCGAUGGUAUGAGGAUGAAGUUAAUGUUUUUCUUCCAUGGGAACUGAACGUUUUUGUCGCAUCAAGG